AUGUUCGAAACUCGUAGUGAAUCUUCUUCACCUGUGUAUCGAAAUAUGUCACCGAAUUCUUCGCCUAGUUAUGAUGAUUACGAACAAACUAGAUUAAUGGAUUUAACUAAUUCUAGUGAUAAAUAUUUACCGGCUACUUUACCUCAUCCCGAUAACAGUGCCUUCGCCUUAUUUUAUAGUCAGCAAAAUUUACAUCAGAAUCGAUAUUACGAAGAGGAUGGUCGAAUGCAAUCUCCUAAUUAUCACCACGAACACAGACCAGCUUACGAAUACCACGAGGGAACUUAUAUCAAAGUCGAACCUGUGGAUGAACCUCCAGUAUUAAAAUCUAGAAAUUCGGGUAGAAAACGUCGAAAUAUGGAAGCGGACGAUGAAAAUUCCUUUUCCAAAUCCAAAUCACGAAGAAAAUCACCGCAAAGUUUCGAGGAUUUACAGACACAAAGAAUAAUGGCGAAUGUUCGAGAGAGACAAAGAACACAAAGCCUUAACGAAGCUUUCGCUAGUUUGAGAAAAAGUAUACCAACAUUACCGUCGGAUAAAUUAUCAAAAAUACAGACACUGAAAUUAGCUGCUAGAUAUAUAGACUUUUUGUAUCAUGUUUUGUCUACGUCGUCACCUGAAAAUCCCGGUGAGAGUGACAUUUUAGGUAACGUUUGUUCAUAUACAGCGCACGAAAAACUUUCAAGAGCGUUCAGUAUGUGGAGGAUGGAGGGCGAUUGGAAUACGCAAAUGUAA